AUGAGCAAGUCGAACCAACAAUCUUCUAGAGGAGAAUGUGUAAAAGUGGUAGUACGGUGUCGUCCUCAGAAUAGAGCCGAAACAGCCGCAAGCUUGCGGUCCAUCGUGUCUGUCGUAACAAGUCUAAAGCAGAUCGAUGUUGAGGACCCGAGGAUACCAAGCGGGGCCGACAGGAAGACCUUCUCAUUCGAUUCAGUUUAUGACGUGGAGAGCAGUCAACAUCAGGUCUACCAUGGCAGCGUCAGCGACGUGGUGGCAAGCGUCCUGCACGGAUACAAUGGGACUAUAUUUGCCUAUGGACAGACUGGCACAGGGAAAACAUACACGAUGGAGGGGGGUGUUGAUGAGGCUUCCAAGGGCAUCAUACCCCAGUCCUUUGCCCAAAUAUACACACACAUUGAGGAGCAAAGUCACGAAGUACAAUUUUUGGUCCGAGUUUCUUUCCUCGAGGUAUACAACGAGGAGGUGAGGGACCUGCUGUCAAAGGAUUCAAAGAGGGCUUUGGAAGUCAGAGAGCACCGCAGCACUGGAGUGUACAUAAAGGGACUGACCGCCAUCAUUGUGAAGUCUGCAAAGGAACUUGAGAAAGUCCUUGAGGUCGGGAAGAAGAAUAGGUCUAUUGGUGCAACACUGAUGAACCAGGACUCGUCGCGCUCCCACUCCAUCUUCACCAUCACAGUUGAGAUGCUGGAAGGUGUCACAAAAGAGAGCAGCGGACACACGAGGGUUGGAAAACUGAACCUGGUGGACCUGGCGGGCAGUGAGCGGCAGAGCAGAACGCAGGCAUCUGGGGAGCGCCUCAAAGAGGCGACCAGGAUCAACAUGGCACUUAGCGCGCUCGGCAACGUCAUCAGUGCUCUGGUUGACAACCGCACUGGGCAUAUACCGUACAGGGACAGCAAGCUGACGCGGCUGCUGCAAGAUUCUCUGGGAGGUAACACGAAGACUGUGAUGAUAGCCAACAUAGGCCCGGCAGAGACCGACUAUGAGGAGACCAUGAGCACGCUGCGCUAUGCCAAUCGCGCCAAGAACAUCCGCAACCUUCCGCGCAUCAAUGAGGACCCCAAGGCACGAGUCCCACAAUCAAACAUCCGCAACAAUGCUGCUUUCUGCUCUCGUGUCUCAGGAUGA